UCCAACUUGAAACCUCUCUCUCAUUCUCUCCCUCUUUACCAAUUCUUUUUUUUUUUUCUGUCUUAAAAUCCCCCACUUACCCCUUUCUCUUCUGCUCCUCAAGAUCGCUGCCAUGGAAGAUCAUCAUGAAGAUGAAAUUUGCAAUAUCAGUUGGCUUAGCCUUGGUUUGGGAUUUGGUGAUCAAUAUGUCCCAAAAAAGAUUCAAAAAAACCAACAUCAACAACAACAAGUCUCUUUCACUCUCAUUCCUAAAGAAGAAUUGGAAAUUACCAACAACAACAAUAUGGAAAUUGAUGAUGAUGAAGUUAAUUCAAGUGAAGAAGAUGAUGAUCAUCAUUUGAUGAAGAGGAUUAGAAGCAAUAAUAAUAUUGUUAAUUAUGAUCAUCAUCAUCGUCAAGAUUCUUCCUUCGGAUCAAUUAGAAGAUUAUCAUCAGAUCAAUACAUCAACAACAACGAUAUCGUUAAUUCUACUAAUCAUAAUUAUAAAGGGAUUAGUAGCAGUGGAUCAGAAUUAAGGGAGAGGAAAAAACUUAGGCUUUCUAAAGAACAAUCCACUUUAUUGGAAGAAAGCUUCAAACUUCACACCACAUUGAAUCCGGCUCAGAAACAGGCACUUGCCCAACAAUUAAACCUCAAAACUCGACAAGUGGAAGUUUGGUUUCAAAACAGACGUGCAAGGACGAAACUGAAACAAACAGAAGUGGAUUGUGAGUUCUUGAAGAAAUGUUGUGAAAGAUUAAACGAAGAAAAUCGAAGGUUGAAGAAAGAAUUAAAUGAAUUAAGAUCGCUUAAACUUGGAGCUUCACAAUUGUAUAUUCAGCUGCCUAAGGCCGCGACGCUCACUAUUUGCCCUUCAUGCGACCAAAUUACGAGGACGCCUGCCGCCGUCACCGCGGCCGCCGUCGACGCCAAUUCUCCGCCACAAUAAUUUAAUACAAUGCUCUAUCUUUUUUUCUUUUUUUUUUUUUUCUUUUUCCGGCUGUGUGUUCUUAGUACAGCAAAGAAAGAAUAAUUCAAUUCAAAUAAUAACAUACGGCCUUUUUUAGAUUAUCA